ACACCUCAUACACGGUGUCUGAAGUCCACAGGUCCAGAGGAGGGUCGACAGUAAAAGUGGAAUCAAACAGACCGGACUGCAGGCAAUUGCUGAUGUGGUCGCAGGGCGAUGGACCCGACAAAGCAAGCGUCGUUGUGGUCAGUGGAAGAAGUGCUGGAGUGGGCACAGGAACAGUAUCCUUCCUACAUGAACAUGCUCCAUAAAGCUAUAAUCAAACAUGCUAUAUCAGGCCGUGCACUGCUGAGACUAAAGGAGCAUCACCUGGAGCUUCUCGGGGUGGAAGAUAAGGAGCAGCAGCAGGAAAUAUUGCAGGACCUCCUCCUCCUAAGAGUUCAGGAAGAAAUCAAUGAACUCUGUGACAUCUGCUCUGAGUGUUUUUCUUCAUAAAGGACAGUAAAAUCUUCAGAAA